AUGGUACUUACAGAAACAGAAAGAGCAUUACAAGCUCUCAUUGCAUUUGGUACAAACUUGUCUUGUUUACCAUUAGGUAUCAUGUGCGUCAAGAGAGGCACUGCAUAUGAAGCUAUUGUAGGUACUGCGUGUGCAUUGUGCAGUAUGUUGUAUCAUGUGGGAGAGGUGUACGAGAAGACAUGGUGGUUUAAAUUGAGUGGUAUGACAUCUGGCCAAUGGCAUCGACUUGACAAUAUAUUCACGAUCCUCGCCUUUCAAGCAUUGAUGUUUUACUUGACCGAUGUCAGUAAUCCACAGAUCAUGGAUCUUUUGCGUUGGACAUUCCUCGUGUUUACACUAUACUGUCAAGAACGUGCACCAUGGGACAUUACAUACACUAUACUCCCUAUUGGAGCCAGUUUCUUGCUUCUCAUAGUCUCUCACCUCUACCGACGAAGAGUACCUGAAUGGAUCAAGAACAGGUACUUUCUCUAUGGAUUGGGGUGUCUUGUCGUCGCUGGAUUCUUCUUUGCCCGUGGUCUCGACGACGACACCGAUUAUUUACGUUGGAAUCAUGGUGUAUGGCAUUUCUUUAUUGGCAUCGCCUUUUUCUUCAUUUUCCAAUCCCGAGACAAGAGUGUCAAAGAUCUUUAUUACCAUUAG